AUGGAAAAAGAGGUGAACCUCUACCCGAAUUGCGAGUCUACGGUGUGGUUAAGAUCUUGCGACGAGGAGAUCAUCCAACCUAUGAAAGGAACCAUUGCGGGAGAGAUCCCUCACUGGCUACGUGGAACCUUGAUUCGUAAUGGACCGGGCUCCUUAAAAGUAGGUUCCAUGAGAUUCAAACAUCUUUUUGACAGCGCAGCUCUUUUACAUAGAUUUGCAAUCCAAGAUGGCGAAGUGACGUACCAAUGCCGUUUCCUGCAGUCAAACACGUAUAAGAGAAACCAAACUGCUCAGAGGAUUGUCGUCACGGAGUUCGGUACGGCAGCCACACCCGAUCCAUGCCAUUCAAUAUUUGACAGAUUCGCUUCAAUAUUCAAACCAGGCGAGUCAUUAACGGACAAUGCAAUGAUAUCUGUGUAUCCAUUCGGAGACGAAAUCUACGCUUUUACUGAGGGUCCUGUCAUACAUAGAAUCGAUCCCACUACACUUGACACGCUUGACCGAAGGAAUCUCACAGAAUGCAUCGCCAUAUUGAACCACACAUCACAUCCUCAUGUCAUGCAAAACGGUGAUGUGUAUAACGUUGGUAUGUCUGUAAUGGCGGGAAGAAUUAAACACGUCGUUGUCAAAUUUCCUUAUCUUGAUAAAGGAGAUAUGUUUGCAAAUGCGGAAGUGGUCGGAAGUAUAAAACCUCGAUGGUCGUUCCAUCCAGCAUAUAUGCACACUUUUGGUAUAACAGAAAACUACUAUAUAAUAGUGGAGCAACCACUCACUAUAUCUUUGAUGCUAAUGGCCCGGAAUCAGUUGAUCAAUCAACCACUCGUUAGCAGUCUUAAGUGGUUCCAAGAUUACGAGACCCACAUAAUAUUAAUAAACCGUAUAUCGGGAUUCGAAGAAAAACGUUAUACAACUGAAACAUUAUUUUUUCUUCAUAUAAUUAAUUGCUACGAAUGUGACCAGAAGGUUGUGGUGGAUUUGUGUGCUUAUAAGGAUGCUAAAAUAAUAGAUGCUAUGUAUGUACAUGCUAUAGAGACCAUGCAAACCAAUCCUGAUUAUGCACAGUACUUUCGAGGCAGACCGAAGCGGUUGGAAAUUGACUUAAGAGAACCCAAUUUAACAAAAAUUCAACCACGUAUACUAGCUGAUAUUGGUUGUGAAACACCAAGACUGAAUUAUGAAAAUUUUAAUGGCCGGCCGUACCGAUACUUCUACGCAAUUGGUUCUGAAGUUGAUGUGGAGCACACAGGAUCUUUGAUAAAAGUGGAUACGAAAACUGGUGAGAUUCUUAUGUGGUGGGAAGAAAACAGCUACCCCAGUGAACCCAUAUUCGUACCAAAACCUGAAGCUAAGGACGAGGACGAUGGUGUCAUUAUCAGUGCUGUUGUCUAUGGUAACGACGAGCGCCGAGUGUCGCUGUUAAUAUUGAACGCUAAAGACCUCAAAGAGCUAUCAAGGACCACUUUCAAAACACCAUCGCCGGCGCCUAAAUGCCUACACGGGUGGUUUAUACCCACAAAAGAAUGA